CGCCUGUGAACCAUGUCCUCCUACGCCAAGAACGGGACCGCGGACGGGCUGCACUCGCCCAUCUCGCAGGUGGCCCGAGGCACCACGACCCGGAGGAGCAGGUUGAAAAGAUCCGAUGGCAGCACCACUUCGACCAGCUUCAUCCUCAGACAGGGUUCAGCGGAUUCCUACACGAGCAGGCCGUCUGACUCCGAUGUCUCUCUGGAAGAGGAUCGGGAAGCAAUUCGGCAAGAGAGAGAGCAGCAGGCGGCCAUCCAGCUUGAGAGAGCAAAGUCCAAACCUGUAGCAUUUGCUGUGAAGACAAAUGUGAGCUACUGUGGUGCCUUGGAUGAGGAUGUGCCUGUUCCAAGCACGGCCAUCUCCUUCGACGCCAAGGACUUUCUACACAUUAAAGAGAAAUAUAACAAUGAUUGGUGGAUAGGAAGGCUGGUGAAAGAAGGCUGUGAGAUUGGCUUCAUCCCAAGUCCACUUAGAUUGGAGAACAUACGGAUUCAGCAAGAACAGAAAAGAGGACGUUUUCACGGAGGGAAAUCCAGUGGAAAUUCUUCUUCAAGUCUUGGAGAAAUGGUAUCAGGGACAUUUCGAGCAACCCCCACAUCAACAGCAAAACAGAAGCAAAAAGUGACGGAGCACAUCCCUCCCUACGACGUUGUGCCAUCCAUGCGUCCGGUGGUGUUAGUGGGGCCAUCACUGAAGGGUUAUGAGGUCACAGACAUGAUGCAGAAAGCCCUCUUUGAUUUCCUGAAGCACAGGUUUGAUGGGAGGAUAUCAAUAACAAGAGUGACAGCUGACAUUUCUCUUGCUAAGAGGUCUGUCCUAAAUAAUCCCAGCAAGAGAGCAAUAAUUGAACGCUCAAACACUCGGUCCAGCUUAGCGGAAGUACAAAGUGAAAUUGAAAGAAUCUUUGAGUUGGCAAGAUCUUUGCAACUGGUUGUUCUUGAUGCAGACACCAUCAAUCACCCAGCACAACUUAUAAAGACUUCCUUAGCACCAAUUAUUGUUCAUGUAAAAGUCUCAUCUCCAAAGGUUUUACAGCGGUUGAUUAAAUCUAGAGGAAAGUCCCAAAGUAAACACUUAAAUGUUCAACUGGUGGCAGCUGAUAAACUUGCACAAUGUCCCCCUGAAAUGUUUGAUGUUAUACUGGAUGAAAACCAGCUGGAGGAUGCGUGUGAACAUCUGGGAGAAUACCUUGAGGCCUACUGGCGUGCCACUCACACGACCAGUAGCACCCCCAUGACCCCACUGCUUGGAAGGAAUUUGGGCUCAACAGCACUCUCACCAUAUCCGACAGCAAUUUCUGGGUUACAGAGUCAGCGUAUGAGGUACAGCAACCACUCCACAGAGAACUCUCCAAUUGAAAGGCGAAGUCUAAUGACCUCUGAUGAAAAUUAUCACAAUGAAAGGGCUCGGAAGAGUAGGAACCGCUUGUCUUCCAGUUCCCAGCAUAGCCGAGAUCAUUACCCUCUCGUGGAAGAAGAUUACCCUGACUCAUACCAGGACACUUACAAACCUCAUAGGAACCGAGGAUCGCCUGGGGGAUAUAGCCAUGACUCUCGACAUAGGCUUUGAGUCUGCAGAAACAAACAAAAUAUUCAUCUGUUGACAAUUUGCCAUUGCACUGCUAGGAUACAACCAAUCAUCUUAACUCGGCAACUACAGCACAGUAUUGACUGUGCUUAUGGGCUGCUGUCAUUGAUGCUAAGAAGGGGCAAAAAGAAAAAAAAAAAUUUGUACAUUAUGCCCUUAAGUCUAGAUGGAUAUUAGAUGCCCAAUCAUAGAGAUAUUUUUAAGUGCAACAUUUACAUAACAGUACCUUUUGUUUUCUUCAUUAGGUUUAGACACAUCAAUUUGUAAUUUAAGGUACUUAUCAAGGCACAUAUAAAAUAAUUUCCCAUGCUGGAAAUUCCA